UUGAUAGUACAGCAAGUUCUAUCUGGUGCAGCUUUACGUCCGUCACUCAAAAUCAGUCUGUUUCUCUAAGGCUCACCACUGAUUCGACAGACAACCUCACAACAAGUCCAACUACACCAGAUAAACAAACAAGUACUCCUAAAUCGAUCAAACAAACAAGUCCAACUACAUCGGAUGAACAAAAGAGUACUCCUACAGCGAUCAAACAAACAAGUCCAACUACAUCGGAUAAACAAACAAGUACUUCUACAUCCAUCAAACAAACAAGUCCAACUACACCAUAUAAACAAACAAGUACUCCUACAGCGAUCAAACAAACAAGUCCAACUACACCAGAUAAACAAACAAGUACUCCUAAAUCCAUCAAACAAACAAGUCCAACUACACCAGAUAAACAAACAAGUACUCCUACAUCCUUCAAACAAACAAGUCCAACUACACCAGAUAAACAAACAAGUACUCCUACAUCCUUCAAACAAACAAGUCCAACUACACCAGAUAAACAAACAAGUACUCCUAAAUCCAUCAAACAAACAAGUCCAACUACACCAGAUAAACAAACAAGUACUCCUACAUCCAUCAAACAAACAAGUCCAACUACACCAGAUAAACAAACAAGUACUCCUACAUCCAUCAAACAAACAAGUCCAACUACACCAGAUAAACAAACAAGUACUGCUACACCCAUCAAACAAACAAGUCCAACUACAUCAGAUAAACCAACAAGUCCUCCAAUGCAAACAAGUUCAACAACACCAGCUAAACAAACAAGUUCAACUAGAGCAAAUCAACAAAAAUCAAGUCAGUCGACAACUUACCAACAGAGAUUGAGUCUAACUACAGAAUAUCGUAAGUUAGCUACUCAUCCAAUGGCAAGAGGAACGUCUCCUCCACCUCACAAAGAUUCUAGCUCUGAAGGAAUUCCUAUAUACAUUAUUGCUGCGGCAAGCGUUGGUGCACUAGUUUUGAUCUUCGUGAUCGUCAUCAUUAUUGUUUGCUGCAAACGAAAAUCAGCUCGCAAAAGAGAAUUGAACUCAGAUCUUCAAACAACUGCACACAUUUACGCAAACAGCAAUACUGCAGAAACGAAGUUUUGGUUAGAUGUGAACGUCGACGGUACCCCAUCCGAUUCGAUGACGUUUUUGCCGUCCAAGCAAAACCCCAAGGCAAACGACGUGUUAUCGACUCCUUUCGAAGAAGAAUCUGCUGAACAAUCCAAACUCUCGACUUUUCUUUCUAACGUCGUUGAAACGCAUCCAGCUGCUCGGGGAGAACCGCUACAUCCAGACAACCAGGCAGCUUCAGCCACUGACGAUGAUAGAAAAUCAGUAAACCAGGAUUUGCCUCAAUACAAAGAGACAAGUAUUCAAACAACCUCUACAGUGAACCCAGGGAAGCAUUACGCUUUACCAAGUUGUUCAAACGGCUCUGGACCCCGGGAUUCUUCGAAUCCACAGGUUCCUAUUCCGUUCUAUGAAGUCAUUCCGUGUCGGAAGGCCGAAGAAGUGGAUGACGUCAACAAUGUGACGUUGGUAGAAUCUCGGGUAGAAUUCAACCAAGACGCGAAAAAUAAAAUGGGGAAUUUCAAAACAGCAGAAGAAGGAGGGUCUCUUCAAGUUACUAAAAUUUAUGCUACAGUCGACAUGGCCAAGAAAACAACCAAAGAAGAACCUCCAGCAAAGACGAGUGAAGUUCAGUAUGAAGAGCUAGAAACGAGUUGUUCUUGCUCAAUCCAACAGCAACUAGCAAAACCAAGUGUCGUAUAUUCUGAAAUGAAUUCUGAGCAACCACCGCCCAGAAGCGACAAACAGAAACUCUGAGAGACUGAGAAACGCAAAUUUUCAAUCAACGGUUUAACAUUCUUCAAACAUCAAAUUGUCGCUGUUUAGUUGGUUUCAAUUUUCAGCAUUAAUUUCUAAUUUUUGCAUAACAUUUUUAGAUUUUUUGAUUGUCGACUUCAGCUGUAACGUUGCUAACAGUUACAAAGAGACAAAGCAUUCGCUUUAUUGUACUGUCAACAAAAUACACAAAAACUGGUCUUUGAG